AUGUUUUAUGUAAUUGGAAUAUCCCUUUUUCUUUUGGCUGCUGUAUUCUUCUUCUUCUUUUCCCUCCAGGAUUUUUCUGGUAAUUUUGGGCAUUAAUUGAGAAGGAAAUAUAGCAAAGAUCCGGAAAUUUGAAGCACAAACCUGAGUCGAUACAUGAGCCAACGGAUUUAGCUCAAAAAAUGCUGAUGGGUCGUGCUGAGGGGCUGCUGAAGCUUAAUUCUGAGAAAAAUCUGCUCCUUUCCGAUUCCGGCUCUGAGCUUGAAGCCGAUGAAGAAGCUGAUAAUCCUCCGAGAGUACUGUACGCUGCUUCGUUCGACGAACUCGCAUCGAAACAUGUUAAUUAUGAUACGAUAAUAUGGCUCUCGAUAUCUCUGUUACUAGUUUUGGCUUGGGGUGUUGGGAUAAUUAUGCUGCUUUAUUUGCCCUAUAGAAGAUAUGUGCUUCAGAAAGAUGUUGCAUCGCGUAAACUCCAUGUUACAUCGAAAGGAAUAGUGUAUAAGGCGUCUAGGCCCUCGUAUAUACCCUUCUUGGCGAAAAGAGAUAUUGAGAAGCAUGUACCUCUUGGGUUGAUUAUUGAUGUUAUAAUAGAACAAGGUUGGCUGCAAUCAUUGUAUGGAUUGCAUACAUUUAGAGUUGAAAGUAUUGUACAUGGUAAGGCCGCACCAGUCGAUGAAUUACAAGUUCAAGGACUUAGUAACCCUGGACUAUUGAGGAAGGUUAUAGUAACGCAGGCUUCAAAGGCUAUACAAGACACCGGCAUAAGCUGGGACCCUAACAUCAAAGUUACCAGUGAAAGCAUGUUUCGCAUGGAAUCUCUAACCUUGGGUCCAGCAGUUUUAAGAUCACCGUCGUCUAAAAGCACUAAGAUGAUAGGAUCUCCUCGCCGUGCUUUGAUGGAACGCAAAGGUGUGGUACCUACAGAUGCAAUGCUUACCAAGCUAGAAGAAGUUAACAAAUCAGUGAAGGUGAUCUCUAUUUCUAUAUGUGGUUGCAUAAACUUUUGCACGAUGUCUCUAUUUUACGAUUCUGUUCCAGAGGGUAAAUUAUAGUCUCAUUUUUUAAUGGUGCAUUGCGCUCGCGAUUUUUAUCCUUUACCUUUAUGGUAGUUUGUAUCUGACAUCUUUCACGGCUUCAUAACCAGAAAAUCGAGUUUCUCAUUGAGAAAAAGCAGGGCUCGGCUGGACCAAGUGUGGACGAUCCAUGAGAAACCACAGCACGACGACCUUCUCUCGAGAAGAAGCUCAUGUAAAUACACACAUCUGAAUUUGAAGUAUAUGUACUGUAGAAAAACCAAGAUGGUUGUUGGCUCUUGUUCAUUCGAAACUAGUGAUGCAGGUUUACAAAUGCAAAUCAAGUUUCGUCUCAUGCUCAUUGUGGACUACUUUGAGCGAGUUAUGUUUAGGCAUUUUAUGAGAAAUCUUUGAUUCGCCUCUUCA